AUGCGUUUUACACCAGCCUUCCUGAUGCUCGUGACCGCCAUCACCGGCGUCACUGCUGCCCCUGCUGCUGAGCCCGUCGAAAUCGAGGCCCGCACCCUCCAGGAGAGAGAUGUUCUCGUGCACAUCUAUGUCUGUUCAGAUGUCAACUUGGAGGCCUGCGUUGACGUUCCCGUCUACACUCAACAUGAUUGCUACAGCUUGAACGGCAGUCCCGUCAAUGACUUGGUCAAGUCAGUCAGUAUCCCCAGUGGAUACCGUUGCCGCUUCUGGACUUCGACUACCUGCAACGGUGGUAGCACAGGCGAUAUCCAAGCCCCAGGUAACAACAACAUUAAUACAGGCUCGUUGAGCUCUGUCAAGUGUUACGUGAACUAG